GGCGGACGGUCCAGGCCAAAAUGGCGGCGGCAGCAGUAGCAGAGCUGGGCGUCGGUCCCGGUUCUUCUACUCCAUGUACCCUGCCUGGCCUCUCUCCCGCAGCGGGCACAGCUGGGGCGGACUACUCGGUACUGGUGGUGGUCGGAGCCCUGCAGACUCACGGGGUACUGGACCUGAUCCUGCGGCAGAUUGACUCAGGAGUGCGUCGCUGGGCGGUGGACCUCGAUGUCUCUGUGUUGGACCAGCAGCUGAAGCUCUUUGUGUCACGGCACUCGGCCUUCCUGUCUGAAGAGGUCAAAGGCCAGAGGACUCUGCAGCACAGUGGCGAUGUUCUGGACACGCAGGUCGUGGUCAACCCAGCCUCUGACUUCGUUUGUUCUGAGGUCCGACGGCUGAUAAGCGAGCCUCCUCGACACAAGCUGCUCAUUUUGGCUGGACAGUGCGUGGAGGACACCGGUGACAUCGUGUUGCAGAAAGGCUUCUUUUCCCUCAGCGACUUCAUCCAAAUAUUUACUGACGAAGAGAUUAGAGAGGUGCUACGUUCUUCCAGCUCCUCCGCGAAGAUCAGACUCACUUUGAGCUGUCCCAACCAUGGUCUGUGGAAGGAUCCAAAGUUGCAAAGACACAAUCUUCAGGACUUAAUUGACAUCCAAAUAAACCCGAGUCCCGUUUUCCCAGAAAUGGAAGGACUUCAGGAAUUUACCGAGUAUCUCUCUGAAUGCCUGGAGCUGGAGUCACCAUUCAACCUUCUGGAGCCUCCCAGCACAGUGGGCUUUCUGAAGCUGUCCCGUCCAUGCUGCUACAUCUUCCCUGGUGGAAGAGGGGACACAGCCUUCUUUGCCGUCAAUGGGUUCAACGUCCUGGUCAACGGCGGCUCCGAUCCCCGCUCUUCAUUUUGGAAACUCAUCCGACAUUUGGACAGAAUCGAUUCCAUUUUGUUGACCCAUAUUGGUGUUGAUAAUCUUCCAGGAUUCAAUAGCUUGCUGCUGAGAAAAAUAGCGGAACAAGAUGAUGAAACAAGCGCAUCUCACCCUGAAGAAGAAUGGAUGAAAUACCUCAUAUCACCUGAAAUUGGAGUUGUUUUUCUUAACAUUCCUGAUAAGCUCAAAUCGAGUCAAGGCGAUCUGGGUGAAUUGCGAAGUUAUGAUCAAAUCACAAUAACUUUACAGAACUUGGAACGACUCUCGAUCAAGCCUGAACCUCUACGCCUAAAUGGACCUUCAGUUGACCCGGUUAUCAUGUUUCAAAAAAUGGGUGUAGGUCGCUUGGAGUUGUACAUACUCAAUCCGAUCAAUGGUAGCAAAGAACUUGAGAGUUUCAAGAAAAGUUGGCCUGAAAAUGUUUCGGAAUCCAAAACUCUUCCAUUAACGUGCCUUGUUUCAAUCUGUGCUUUGUUGAUUUGGCAUCCAUCCAGUCCCCAAGAGAAAAUCAUCAGAGUCCUCUUCCCAGGCUGUACACCGCAAGCCAAAAUUCUGGACGGCCUCGAAAAGCUCAAACAUCUCGAGUGCCUUAAACAACCUGCAGUGUGCCAGAGGGAUUUGGAAAUGGCCAAAUCUGACAAGCUCCCGAAACGAGCCGAGAGCCGCGAAAGCCUUAAAAGCAGCGUCUUAAAAGAGAAGGUCUCACGGGUGGAUGUGAAGAAACAGGAAGUCAAACCAAAACUGAAGGCAACAAGUGACACUACAAUGAAGGAUAAGAAGGAUGUGGAAGAGAAGCCAAAAGCCAAAGUGACUGACGCAAAAGCAAAGACACCAAAGCCACACGUAGAGAAGCUCACCCCUAAGAAGGAAGAUGUGAAAAAAGAUGUAAAGAAAAGGGAUGACAAGGCAAGUGCAGGUACUGUGAAGAAGGAUGAAAGUGUAGAAGGCAAAAAGGAAGUUCUCAAGAAGGACCUGUCAAGUCAGAGUAGUGCCAAAUCAAAGAAAGAUGUUAAGCCCGAACCAAAGAAGGAUUUAAAGAAGGAUGUAAAAGCUGAUGAUAAAAAAGCUGCCAAACCUCCUGUUAAAGACCUAAAGAAGACAUCUGGUGUGGCUUUGAGCACAUCUUCUGUAGCAAGCUCAGAUGUGAAAAAGAGUGCUCCAAAAACUGGGUCCCUGAAAAAAGAACCUCUAAAGAAAGAUGCAUCAACAAAAGGGACUAAAGGUAAAGGCGGAAGCAAAGAUGUAGUGGACAAUAAGGAAGCCGAUCGGUCAAAGGUGUCCACACCAGAGGACAUGACAGCAGAGUUUGAGAAGCUGCAGUUGGAAGAGAGAAAAGCAGAAGGUAAACAGGGUGCUGGGGAUGCUGGUGCGAAGUCUGUAUCGGAAGGCCCUGAAGAUAUGGCAGCUCUGAAAGUAGCUAAGGGGGAUUUGAGCGUUAACUUUAAUCUCAACCCAGUGUACCCUGACAAACGGCUGGAUGGGGCCUGUGUUAGCUCAGAGGACAAAACUAUUAUGUCUUCUGUAGAUUCGGCCCCCAACAGCGCAGGACAUACACCCUUCCACCAAUCACCAGAUGAAGACACUCAAGGACUGGGAGAGGACAGUGGUCUCGAUGCAAGAGGUUCCAGUUUAGGGUUUGAGGACUAUAACCAAGGUGGGUCGUGUAGGACAUCAGACUUGAGCUCUUUGAGAGAAGGUCUGGAGAAUUCAUCAUCAUCCCAAGAUAAACAAUCCAGUCUUCUAAGUCCACUCAAGGAUAUAAUGCCAGAUUCUUCUCCUACAAUGACCUCCAUGCCCGCAGAAGUGGGCUCACCACACUCUACUGAGGUUGAGGACUCGUUGUCUGUCUCAUUUGAGCAAGGUAUGCCAAGCGCUGUAACCAACGGGCAUUCACACGAGAACCUACCAUCUCAAAAUGGCUGCUCGGGCAAUAGCGACCGUAUCCAUGGCAUGUCCGAUCUCUCAGCCGACAUUCCGCAUGACGUUGAUCUUUGUUUAGUGACUCCUUGUGAAUUCCAACAUCCUAAAACACCUGGAAACCACUCACAACAUACAAUAUACAGUUUGGCGACCUCCGCAGAGACCAAUGAGAAUAACAAUCUUCAAGAGCAGAGCAUGAGCGAAUCAGGAAACAGUCAAGAGACUCCACCCACUUCUGUUAGCGAAUCAUUCCCAACCGCAACAGACUCGGACGUGCCACCAGCAACUGAUGACUGUCCCUCCAUCACCGCAGAUUUGGACUCAGAAGAUGACUCCAAUAACCUAUAUUUCCACUAUACCCACGACCCACCCCCCGCCCCGGUCAAAGAUCUCCCCCCGCUGCCGCCUCAGCCUGGAGCAUGCAUGACUGACCCUGAAAAUGACACCUCAACUAAGAACAAAAAUACUAAGAGCAAAAGACCCGCAAGUGCUGGUCAGAAAACAUCAUCCGGCAGCACCGUGGGCCACAAUGGGAAACCCAAAAUUGGAAGUGCCUCCGGCUCUUUAAGGACAGUGCCCAGUCUGGACGUAAAAACGGCAACCAGGAACUCUCUUGGAGGUUCCAAAAGUGGACCUUCUAAGCUCCCAUUAGCACACAGGCCGGUGUGUGAGGGCCCUGCGGUGUAUGUGGACAUGGCCUACCUGCCAUCUGGCCCUUCUGCAGCCACUCUGGAUGUGGAGCUGUUCAGGAAGCUGCGCUCGGUGUACUACGUGAUCAGUGGUCAGGACUCUGUGAAGGAGGAGGUCAUGAGGCCCAUCCUGGAUGCUCUGGUGGAAGGGAAGAGCAGCUGGCCCCAGCUCCCGGUGACUCUGAUCCCAACAUUUGACUCGCUGGCGAUGCACGAGUGGUACCAGGAGAGCCAUGAGCGACAGAAGGAGCUCAACAUCACUGUGUUGGGCAGCAACAGCACUGUGGCCAUGCAAGAGGAGACCUUCCCUGCCUGCAAGGUUGAGUUCUGAGCCUGAGGAAGAGACCUUCCCCACCUGUGGGUGAAGCUCUAACUCCACACAUUCUCCAGACCAACAUGUGGUCUACUGAAGAGACCCCAGAGCAGCAUUUCAUUUACCUUUCCUUACUUCCUUCUCCUUGAUUCCUCUCCUCGAUUCUACAGGAAAUGGGUGAGGAAGGCAGAGGAGACACAAAGAGGAGCAGAGGAGAGAGGCAGGAGGAGACACGAGCUGAGGGUGAAUGGGACAGAUUUUCCACUGGUGCUAGUUCUGACCAAAAUGACCCUGCAGUGAGGAUGACUACACUUAUGUGUAUUUUAUAUUAUUAUUCCAGGACUUUUAAAUCAAAGUCAGACCAACAUUUUUAUUUUCAGAUAAACAUGCUUAACAUAUAUUUGUAUUAGUUUUAAUGCCAAAUUCAGGAUUAUGCAACAUGUCAAACACCCUUUGCUGCUGUCCCCGAACUUGUGCUGCUGCACCAAUACAAAGUCCUGAAUGUGAGACAAAUAAAGUGUUAUUAUUUUAUCAGAUAUCUGCCUCCUGAACCCGCGCUCGUGUUUCUUCCAUGAUGUCCUUCCCUCCCUCAUGUUUCCUUCUGUGGUUUUCUUACCUUGCCUCCUCAGAGCUUUGGGAAACGGCUCAAUAUGGCACAUUUGAUUGACAGCUGAAAAAGGGAAAAUCACGGAGAGAAAGCAAGGAAAAGAAAGCAAGGAAAGAGAAUUGAGUUGUGGCCCAGGUCACUGUUCUCAUGUCACUUUGGGUCCAAUUUAUUUCUGUUCAGUUUCGUUUGAAGAACCCAUUCUGCUGAAUCAGGACUUUGACCAAUCCUAGGGGGCAGUGUUAAACCAUAGAUUAGAUGUCCGAUAUGUAAAUGUGAUCUGAGAUCUUUUGGGACCACAACACUUAACAUUUUAGCCUGAAUUUGGAUUUCUGUUUUGUUGAAUCUUACAUACCCGAACCCAGACCAGGUAGAUACAUAUUUUCUACAAAUAAAGGUCUGGUUAAGCAGCUGUGAAAGGCCAAAAUGACUCUCCAUUAGUCCAAUACCAGGCCCACCACUUUUGAAAGUAAAAUGGGCCCACUUAGUAGGACUUUGCCAUGAUGACAACAUACAUUUGAGAUUUUUACAUAAAUGAUUGAUGCACUAAAUCUCAAAAAGCCAGUCUGGUCAAUAUGAUUACUAUUCAGUGUACAGUUUUAUUCUCACAUUCAAACCAAUCACCCCCAAGAAGCAUGAUGCUAAUUCACAGAAUGUGAGCCGGGGUUAUUACAGGUUUACUUUAGCUUUAUAGCUUUAUUUCAAGUUAUUGACUGAGAGCAGAAAAAGCAUAUCAGAGUUUAUACAGUGUAUAAGUAGAAUGUAUUUUCGCAUCUUAUUUAGGAAGCUUUAUUUGUAGUCUGUAGUUAAUUUUAUGGCAGAACACAAGUGUGUACAGUAUUAUGUCGAGGCCUUCUGAAACUAGAAGUGUAGAAAACAAGUAUUCUGUAGUUAUGCAUGUUCAUAUUUCAGUCAUGUGUGAAAUGAUAUUUUUGUCACAUUACUUGUGUGUACUUAAUAUGAAUAGUACUUACUGGGGUCCUUCCAGGUGCAUUCAACCAUCUUUUUUUUUUUUCUUCUUCUUUUUGGGAAGUCCUAAUCCAGCAGAAAGUUUAACAAAAAUGCUUCUCCAUAAUGUUCAAAUUUAAAAGAAAAUUCAUAUUGUCUGAUGCCCAAACUGAAAUUUUAUGUACCGGUAGUAUUAAAACUAUCUUGCUACAAGCUUUCACACUUUGCAUAUGAAACUGCACUAUUAUCUGUGUGGCAUCUCUUUAACUUGACUCCAUCCUAUUGAUUAUUAUCUCAACACAUUUCUUGCAUGUUUUUUUUCUUUUCUUAAAAAAAAAUCUACAUAUACAUUUUACCUUAUCCUUAUUUAUUUAUUUAUUUGGUUUGUUUUAAUGAUCAGUCCUGUGAAAUCCACAAUGCUGGUACGAACGUCCUAAAGCCAUCACAAGAACCCCAUAUGAGGUUCGGAAUUGAAGUCCACUUAUUUAUCGAUUGUGACUGUUCAAAAGAUACUGUUGAUUGAUAUAUCGGGUAGUGUUCUGCAAUGAGAUGGACUAGACCUGUAUUUUUCACCCUGUGUGCUGGGGAAUAAUCGUGUGCCUUGAGAUAUUGCCAUGUGUGUCAGGGGAGCAGCACACACAAUUUUUGACUGUUUUUGACCAGAAAGCUGCUAAUUUAUCUAGUUUGCAUUGAAAUUGUCAAAAAAAAAAAGAUUAGGUACAGUACACAAUGCUAUUAAAACACCAUAUACACAUCUUAGGAGCAAAAAAGUUGAUUUAGUGUUUAGUUCCACUUCAACCUUAAAAGUUUGCCACAACUCAAAAGAUGUUGA